AUGGAGAAAAAUGGAACAAAACAGGAACAGAUUCAAAAAGUUGUAGUGCGUGAAUUUGAGGUUCGAGAUGAGAAGGAGGUGCAGAGGAUUUUCUCAGAGGGGAUGGAGGAGAUGGUGAUAGACACAGCCUUCAGAGGGUUAAGACACCAUCCAGAGAGUCUGCUACUGUAUUUGGCCAUAACAGUGUCAUGCCUGUGGGUCUCCUGGUGUCCGUGGCUGAUAGUGUUCCUCCCAGUGGCUAUCCUCUGCGCUCGCUACUUCUACAGUCUGAGAACAACCAACAGUUACACCAAGCGCACCCUCAGCACAGACAUGGCCAAUAUUGAGCAUUUUUAUAUGAGGGCACCAGGCUCAUGUCUAUGGGUUGCGCUACUGGAUGGUGUAGUGGUGGGAUUGGUUGCAGCUAUGAAGAGGUCCCUGGAGGUGGUGGAGCUGAAGAGGAUGUCUGUGGACAGAAGAUACCGUUGCUGCGGCGUUGGCAUGGCAUUAGGCCAGAAAGUUCUGGAAUUUGCAUCAUCUCAGAAGUACUCCAAAGUCAUUCUGGGAACUACGAACUACACACCAGCCGCUCAUAACCUGUACAGACGCCUUGGAUUUCACUGUGUGGGUGUUACUAAUGGUUACCAUGCUGAUUCAACUGGGCCUGGGCCAUCUUUCUUAGAAUGGCUCUUCUACAGGGUCUGCCAUCAUCAUUAUGAACUAAAAGUGCAACAGAAGCACAUUGAUUUCCAUUAUAAUGGUUGUUCUCAAAUUUUACAAUCUAGAAUAUAUUGA